AUGAACACUAACAGCAAAACCAUAUACACCAGACUGGAUAAAAUAUUCUCACAGUUUGGAUACCCAGAAAACAUAAUAUCUGACAAUGGACCACAGCUAGUCAGCGAAGAAUUUGAAAAGUACUGCAGACAAUAUGAGAUACUACACACUACCAGUGCACCAUACCACCAAGCAGGAAAUGGGAGAGCUGAAAGGAACAUUGCCACAGUCAAACAGCUUCUUAAGAAAAGCAGACUUACAGACAUCAACGAAAUACUGUGCACACUAAGAGACACACCAAUUGCAAACGACAUCCCCUCACCCUUCACUUUGAUGUUCGGACACAGAAACAUAAAAACAAAUCUGCCAGCAAUAAACAACUUUGGAACACUAGCUACCACACAGUACGGUGAAAAUAUGGAACGUCGAACAUCGGCAUAUGGAGAAAGCCAUAUUGAAAAACAACCACCUAAGAUCAACAUUGGACAACCAUGCAGGUUUCAGAUGAAACAUAAGUCAAUAUGGCAACUGGCUACGGUAGUAUCGAAAACAUCUGACAGGAAUUACACUGUUGAAACACCCUCUGGCAUACAAUACACCAGAGACCGGCCUUCACUUAGAUAUACAGACAGUGCAGAUGGAGUUCUAGAACAAAUGCAGUCCGUGUUUGGAGAUGUGAAGUUUAAUUUCUUACAGUCUGAAGCACAUGCCACACCCUGUGAGCCUACCCAAAACCAAACAUUAACCAGUGACUGCAUAACGCUCAGUGAUGAUGAAAACUUGCCGGACAUUAGUUUCCAUGGCCCUACAGUGGAAUUUAGACCAUAA